UACGAAAUCUCACGUGCUGACCGCAAAAAACCCUAGGGUUUUUGGAAUAGAAAGGGGUGAGAAAUGGAGAGUGGAACCGAGAUUUUCAGUAAAGGUUCACUCGUGGAAGUCAGUAGCGACGAAGACGGCUUCAAAGGCGCAUGGUAUGUGGCCACGAUUCUAGAGUCACCGCCCAAGUCCGCCUCCAAGAAGAGGUCCAGGGCUUUGGUUGAGUACCAGGACCUUCUGGCUGACGACGUUGGCUCCAAGCCGCUCACGGAGGUGGUCGACACUUCCUUCCUCAGGCCCCUACCGCCGCCGGAGGCAGACACCAACUUUUGCGCAAACGACAUCGUUGAUGCGUUUUACAGGGAUGGGUGGUGGACUGGCGUGAUCACUAGGAUUUCUGAGGAUUCGAAGUACACCGUUUUCUUCCAGAACCCUCCCGACGAGAUCCAGUUUGACCGGUCCGAUUUGCGGGUGCAUAAGGAGUGGGUGGACGGCAAGUGGAUUAGGCCCGAAAAGCAGAGAACGACAGGAUUGAUUUUUAGCCCAGGAGCAGCAGUAGAAGUGACCCUUAAUGAACAAAGUUCACGUGAUGCUUGGUUCCCUGCAAUUGUUUGUCGAGAAAUUGGGCUAGGCUCAUAUGUAAUACAGUGCCAGAGCUUAAAAAAUAGUGGUGAAGGUGGGGUUCUGGAUGUAACUGUAGAUAACCUUCAUAUUCGACCGUCUCCUCCACGUUUGGAGGGCAGAAAAUUCGGCCUCUUGGAGAAAGUGGACGCAUUUUAUGAUUAUGGUUGGUGGAAUGGAAUAGUUACGAAAGUUCUUACGGGUAGGAGGUAUGUUGUCUUCUUCAAGCAUACAAACAUGGAAAAGGAGUUCAUUCACUCGGACCUGAGGCCCCACAUGGAGUGGGUUGAUGGAAAAUGGGUUGGUGCUACACAGGAAGUUUUAGGUACGACAUAUUCUGAUGAACAGUUAGGGCUUGUCCUCAACAAUUCAAACAACACAUCUGUGGGCAUGCAACUUGAAAGUUCAGGCACUGUAAUAGAUGAUGCUGGAGAUAAGAUAUCUCAUUCUACAAGUUUUGAGAAGGACCGGUUGGAGCAACCUGCUCCAUACCUUGAAAAUUCAACUUCUUCCGUUGUGACUUCAAACAGGAAGAAAGUGAAGGAGACAACAUCUGGUGAUGAUGCUACACCUUCAUGGCCAUCAAAGAAAUUAAAAGAGGGAAAUGUUGGAGAUGCCCUGAUAUCUCAUGCAGCAGGUCAGUCAAGGAUGGCACCAAUUGAAACAUUGAUUCAGGAAGUGCCAUGUGGUUUUGCCAACCCAACCACAGGAGGAACUGGUUCUAAUCAAACAGAGCAACCUGUGGCUGGCAAUCAAUCUUCUACAAAAACUGGUAGCGCUUCUCAGGGAAUGAAAGUCGGAAAUGAACAAAAAAGUAGUGGACUAGGCAAUCAAACAUCAAAUUCAGUAAAAAGGAAGGGAAGACCUCCAAAAUCGCAAGUUAAAAUUGCACAACCUUUUCCAGCUGGUGAGGAGGUUAAUACAGUUCAGAAUGCUGAAGGAACUGUAGAAAAGAAGUAUACAACAAAUAAUGUUGACAUGGAUAUGGCUGUAGGAUUACCAUCUAAUGCUGAGGAGGGCACACUAACUGAAAAUCCUUCUGACUAUCCUAAUGAGGAAUCUUUGAAGGUUAUGAGGGAUCAGAAAAGGCAUUUUGAUGCUACAGCAAGACACAAGAGCAAGGAGAUAGGGGAAAAGGAAGAAGGCACGGUGAGUACUCCAUUGAAGAGGAGAGGAAGGCCACCUAAGAAACUGGAGAAUAGAAACCCAGAAGCUUCAUCGGAAGGAAGAGCUCCUAGAGCAUCAUUUAAAAGCAGCCCGAAAGCUUCAUCAGCUGGAAGAGGCCCCAAAUUACCUGUUAAAAGAAGCCCCAGGACUUCAAUGAGGGAGCCUAAAUUGAAACGCCAAAGGGCUUCCGCUGUAGGAACCAAAAUAAAAGGCCCCAAAGCUACAUCUGAAGGAUCUAACUUAAAUAACCAAAUGGAGUUGGAGGCAGGCCUUGAUUUAAAUAGCCUAUAUGCUUCAGCAGCAGGUAGGGAUGACAAUGAAGUUGGAGGGGGUGCCUAUGAAAUGGCCAUAAAAGAUUGUAUGAUGAAUGAGGUUGAAUUACCUAUGAGCACAGUGGUCGAGUCUUCAGCUAAGAGGGGUUCACAAACUGAAAUUCCUGUUCGACAUUCAAGGGGGGCAUAUAGGAAACGUACCAUAAAUCAGAAGCUUCUUGGUAGUAGGCAGAAGAAUGUAGAAGUCAUCAAAAUUAGAACGCCUCGAACAAGAAAACAAAAGCUUCCGGAUGAAUCAGUUGGGCAAGCAUUAAGCAAGCAAUUGGUGAAGAGUUCAUCGAAGAGGGGAAGAAGACGAAGCAUAAACAUAAAUUCUGCGCCUCCAACUCAAGGCUCUCAAGAUGCGCUUGGAGAGAAAACAGCUCCACUUGCGGAGAUAGACAGCAAAACAAAACAGGUUGAAAUGGCUGUCUCUGGAGUGCACAGUGUGCCUGAUGAUCAACCUCUGAAAAUGUGGUUUGAGGGAAUGCACAGUCCAGGCGUGGCAGAUAAUUCAAAACUCUCCCCUGGUCAGACUGUGAACCAGUGGAAUGAGGCAAGGGAAAGACCUAGUGAAGUAACACAAUCUCCUAGAAUUGAUCCCACUGGAGAAAUUAUGCUGGACCUGAAUCAAAGCCUCCCCUUUGUGAAAAGCUCCCCAAUUUGGAACACACUUGAGACUCUGGAAGUAUUCCAGAGGAUGCCACAGAAACCACAUUUUCGUCCACUGGAAAAUUGUAAAGAGGAACGUCGGGAAGGCUUAGCCAUUGGUAAUAUGGUGACCUUCUCCACCUUGAUAGAGAAGGUAGCCAAACUCAGAUUUGAUGAUCCUAGAAGCAUCUUUGGUAGCAGCUUGGAAGCACUAGUGGAGCUGGAAAUGCAUGGUUUUGACACCAAGCCAGUGCAGAGUCGCAUAAAUGAGCUGGUCUUCAUUAAAGAUCAGCAAGAACAGCUGAAGGGCAGGACCAAAGAAGUCGAAAAUCAGAUUGUGGAGCACACUCAUGAGAAGACGAAAAUUGACGAAGAAAUAUAUGAGAUAGACAAGAAGAUGAUUGAGCUACAAGAGAAGCGUGCACUGGCUGUGUCGAACAAGGAGAGCAAGGAUUCAGAAAUUGCAGCACUGCUGUCGAGUGUGGAUGCCAUGAAUGAAAGCAUCCAGAGUGCGAGGCAGGAUUUUGAGAGGGUAGCUACUUCCCCAUGGUAAAUGGCAACCCUCGACUCUCGACAGAGCUGAUGUUGCAAGUAACACAUCUCACUAGUAGUGCUAGUCCACAGCUGUUUUGGUGCAUGAAACUAGAUGUAGCCCAUUAGAGUAUCUUUAUUCAUGGUUGACAUAGAUGUUUUUCAUUUGUAGAUGCUUGCUUUGUUGCUUUUGUUUAUUUGUUUUGCUUUCUAAACUAAGCUCUGUUAAAGGUCCUCCAUUUUCUUCCUUUGUUGAAUCAACCCUCCUGUACCAUGUGUACAAAUUUCGUUAAAUAUUCAAUCCUCAUCCUCUCACCCUAUGCUUAAUUGAAUGGCGGAUUCUGAUUUUAUUUAAUUAGAUUGUUUUA